AUGGACCGGUUGGACCAACUGGCCUGUUGGUCCUAUGGACCGGUUGGACCAACUGGCCUGUUGGUCCUAUGGACCAGUUGGACCAACUGGCCCGUUGGUCCUAUGGACCGGUUGGACCAACUUGCCUGUUGGUCCUAUGGACCGGUUGGACCAACUGGCCUGUUGUCCCUAAGGACUAGUUGGACCAACUGGCGUGUUGGUCCUAUGGACUCGUUGGACCAACUGGCGUGUUGGUCCUAUGGACCGGUUGGACCAACUGGCGUGUUGGUCCUAUGGACCGGUUGGACCAACUGGCCUGUUGGUCCUAUGGACCGGUUGGACCAACUGGCCUGUUGGUCCUAUGGACCGGUUGGACCAACUGGCCUGUUGGUCCUAUGGACCGGUUGGACCAACUGGCCUGUUGGUCCUAUGGACCGGUUGGACCAACUUGCCUGUUGGUCCUAUGGACCGGUUGGACCAACUGGCCUGUUGGCCCUAAGGACUAGUUGGACCAACUGGCGUGUUGGUCCUAUGGACCGGUUGGACCAACUGGCGUGUUGGUCCUAUGGACCGGUUGGACCAACUGGCGUGUUGGUCCUAUGGACCGGUUGGACCAACUGGCCUGUUGGUCCUAUGGACUGGUUGGACCAACUGGCCUAUUGGUCCUAUGGACCGGUUGGACCAACUUGCCUGUUGGUCCUAUGGACCGGACCAGUUGGACCAACUGGCGUGUUGGUCCUAUGGACCGGUUGGACCAACUGGCCUGUUGGUCCUAUGGACCGGUUGGACCAACUGGCGUGUUGGUCCUAUGGACCGGUUGGACCAACUGGCCUGUUGGUCCUAUGGACCGGUUGGACCAACUGGCCUGUUGGUCCUAUGGACCGGUUGGACCAACUGGCCUGUUGGUCCUAUGGACCGGUUGGACCAACUUGCCUGUUGGUCCUAUGGACCGGUUGGACCAACUGGCCUGUUGGCCCUAAGGACCAGUUGGACCAACUGGCGUGUUGGUCCUAUGGACCAGUUGGACCAACUGGCGUGUUGGUCCUAUGGACCGGUUGGACCAACUGGCGUGUUGGUCCUAUGGACCGGUUGGACCAACUGGCGUGUUGGUCCUAUGGACCGGUUGGACCAACUGGCCUGUUGGUCCUAUGGACCGGUUGGACCAACUGGCCUGUUGGUCCUAUGGACCGGUUGGACCAACUUGCCUGUUGGUCCUAUGGACCGGUUGGACCAACUGGCGUGUUGGCCCUAAGGACUAGUUGGACCAACUGGCGUGUUGGUCCUAUGGACCGGUUGGACCAACUGGCGUGUUGGUCCUAUGGACCGGUUGGACCAACUGGCGUGUUGGUCCUAUGGACCGGUUGGACCAACUGGCGUGUUGGUCCUAUGGACCGGUUGGACCAACUGGCCUGUUGGUCCUAUGGACCGGUUGGACCAACUUGCCUGUUGGCCCUAAGGACUAGUUGGACCAACUGGCGUGUUGGUCCUAUGGACCAGUUGGACCAACUGGCGUGUUGGUCCUAUGGACCGGUUGGACCAACUGGCGUGUUGGUCCUAUGGACCGGUUGGACCAACUGGCCUGUUGGUCCUAUGGACCGGUUGGACCAACUGGCCUGUUGGUCCUAUGGACCAGUUGGACCAACUGGCCCGUUGGUCCUAUGGACCGGUUGGACCAACUUGCCUGUUGGUCCUAUGGACCGGUUGGACCAACUGGCCUGUUGUCCCUAA